AUGAAAAAGAUCAACACUCGAGUCUCAGAAUUGGAACGGAUGAUGACCCUUUCUCAUGUUUAUCUUGAGAAUAUAAAACAUAUUUCAUCUCUUAAAUUCGGCAACCUUGAUUCCGAAGCCUAUGGAACAACAUCCUCGUCGUCAGGAGUAACAGGAAAACCUUUUCAUCAUAUUUUAUCUCGACAAAGUCCAUAUCCUGGUACUCGAGUUCAACGGAUUCCAGUUCCAGAUAAAUAUGUUCCAUGGGAGGUUAUGUGGAUUGACUAUGAUCCAGUCGCUUAUACCAAACAAAAAAUGGACUUUGGAGCAAACUUUCAAUCGGAUGUCGAUGAAGAUAUACUUUUCCUUCGAGAAUAUAAUAUUGAACAAGUGACCUCAAAGUUACCCGUUUUAAACUGGAACAGUGUAUCAACCAAUCCUGCUGGAAUAACAAUCGAUCGUACUUCAUGGAUUAAGAAAGAUGGUUGUACCAAUUUAGUUUAUUCUUUAGACGCUGGAUACCUCGAAAUCCAUUCGGUCGAACUGGUUUAA